GGGCGGCUCUCCCGUUCGCAGGCAAGCGGAGGAUUGGCUCGUGCGCUCCCAUUCAUGCAACCUGCCUGGCUGAGUGCGCCGCGCUCGCUUCGCCCCUCCUGCGCCUGCCUGCCUGCCUGCGUGUGUGUGUGUGUGUGUCUGUGUGUAUAAGAGAGCCAGAAGGCGAGAGAAGGAAGAGAGAGAGAGAAGCAGAAGAGGAGGAGGAGGAGGAGAAAGGCACGCGAGGCGUUUUUUGGUGGGAUUGCAGCUUGCUGGGAAGCCUGGACAUUGAAAAGCAAAGAGAGAGAAGAAAAAAGAUGUGCGCGUACUGAUCCUCUUUUUCACCUCGCUCGGCGGAGAGAGAAAUCUGCAGCUGAGAACGGGGAACGGGUGCUUCCUUUUGAUUUGGGGAUUUGGCGUUUUUCAUGGGUUGGUCUCUGCAUGGCUGAUCCCGCCUGGUUUUAGAGGAUGAGCCGCGGCCGUUUCCGGGCUUGAUUUAGCGCGAUCCGCACCGCACAGCACCCUCCCGGCUUGGGAUCCAGCUGCUGGGCAGAUCGGAACGCGCAGGCGGAGCGGACGGCGAGCCCUGCAGAAAUGAAUGUUCUUCUGGGCUGCCCUUAAAGGAAGAUCAGAUGACACCAAAGAAGGAUUUGCAGAGCUUCAGGCCCCUGCUAUUCCCCCUUCUGCUGUAAUGGAGCCAGGUAAACUGCAAUCAACACAUGUCCUGGUUAAGGCUGCAUACUUCAAGGAUCUUUUCAUGGAUUAUUCCUAGAUCUUUCCAACAGAACAUUCCGAUCUGAUUGCCUCACGGACGCCGUUUCUUUGAUGUUGAAGACAGAGACGAGAGGGCCAUGGAUGUGAAAGAAAGGAAGCCGUAUCGUUCUCUGACCAGGCGCCGCGAUGCAGAGCGCCGCUACACCAGCUCGUCCGCAGAGAGCGAGGACAGCAAGAUACCUCAGAAGUCGUACAGCUCCAGCGAGACUCUGAAGGCUUACGAUCAGGACUCCAGGCUGACGUACGGCAACCGGGUGAAAGAAAUGGUGCACCAGGAAGUGGACGAGUACUGCCGAACAGGAGCCAACUUUUCCUUGCGAGAGCUAGGCCUCGAAGACGUAUCGCCUCCGCCGCACGGGACUCUGUACCGGACAGAUAUAGGGCUGCCCCACUGUGGCUACUCCAUCAGCGCCGGCUCGGACGCCGACACAGAAGCCGACGCGGUCAUGUCCCCGGAGCACCCCGUGAGGCUGUGGGGGCGCAACCCCAAGUCGGGCCGCAGCUCCUGCUUGUCCAGUCGAGCCAACUCCAACCUCACCCUCACCGAUACGGAACACGAUAACACCGAAACCGGUCCUCCUUUGCAUUGUUCAUCUGCUUCAUCAACCCCUAUUGAGCAAACCCCCUCCCCUCCCCCCUCCCCGCCAGCCAAUGAGAGCCAGAGGAGGUUGCUAGGCAAUGGGGUGGCCCAGCCAACUCAGGACUCUGACUCUGAAGAAGAGUUUGUCCCCAGUUCAUUCUUAGUUAAAAGUGGCUCUGGGAAUCUCUCUCUCCCAUCUAUUGGUGAGUUCAUUCUAUCUACCUACUUAACUGUGUUACUGCUUUAA